CAAUUGUACCCAUAGUUCAAUUCAAUCAUAACAACAUUCAAGUUAGGUUAAUAAAAACUUUCGAAAAUAUUUGAAAAAAAAGUAUGUAAAAUAAGUGUUUACGGUCAGUUCUAUCAAGUACGAUAAUAUGUCUUUGUUUCCUGCUUAUUCAGAAGUACCAGAAGCAGAAAAAAAAAUUUCAGAUGAAAAUUGGCUGCAACAGUCAAGUUUUACAGUUACUUUGCCCCAAAAUACCGCUGAAGUAUAUUCGAGUUCCUCAGAUAAUGACGAAUGCCCAGUGCCUGUUAAAAAACCUAAGAAAUCAAAAAGGAAAGUUGAGACUGAAUUAUCCGAAAAUGAUAUAUUCUUUAUUGAUCGGAAACCUACAAAGGAGUUCCUCAAGGUGAAAACUAUUUCUAGACCUGCUGUAGCAAAAUACAAAAUACAAUUCUAUAUGAUCGAACACCAGAAAAAACCGAGGAAAGUGAAGAGAUAUUACCACAAAUUAUCAUCGGAAGAUUUGGAAAAGGCUGAGGGUGUUGAAAAAAAUUUCAACGAUGAAAACUUUGAUUCAUUACAACAUGAAAUGGAGUUAACACAGAAAACUGGAUUUUAUAACAAAAUAGUUUUUGAGGAGCCCAAUAAUAUAGAAAAUUGGUUAGAAUUUAUAGACUAUCAAGAUGUAAUAUUCAAGUUUGAAAAAAAUUAUAAGAAGGGGAGUGUAGCAAAAGGGUUACGUGCAAAUGCUGAACGUAAACUGAAUAUAUUGGAGAAAGCCUUAUCACAUAACCCAUAUUCAGAAAAGUUACAUCGGAAAAGGUUGCAAAUAAUGGUUGGUGUGUAUCCAGCUGAUGAACUACAGAAACAACUCAGUGAUUUGUUGAGCAAAGACCAGGGAAACAUAAUUCUGUGGCAGGGUUAUAUAGAAGCAACACAGUGUUCUAUGUCUCACUGUAACACUUCAGCCGUUUUGAAACUAUACACGAGUUGUUUAUCAACCUUGCAUAAAAUAAGGAGAAAUUCUUCCUCGGAUUGUGGAAUAUCGGAAGAAAAUAUUUUGAGGAUACUUUAUCAGUGUGGAUUAUUCUUGAAGCAAAGUGGACUUUUUGAACAGUUGUGGACAUUAUUGAAAAUGUACUUGGAGAUGAAUUUAGGACAAUUAGUGCAAGGUAGCUUCGAUAUACAGGUUAACUUGAACGAAAAACAGUUGUUGGAUUUAGAAGACGUGAUUUUUAAAUCGCAGCUACCAAGUCAUGAAUUAUGGUUGAGGACUGAAAAACUUAGGGAAUCCUACCAUUGGUUGCCGGUAACUGAACAAUGUGAGGAUCCGCAGAGAAUCGUUUUUGCCGAAGAUGUAGUGGAACUGAUACAACCAAUAACAAAGCCAGAAAAUACAUUUAGGUUAACAGCCACUAUUUUGACGCUAUUAAAAAUUCCCUUACUACCUUGCAGACACAAUACAAUGGAACAAUUAGGACUUGAUUAUGUACCUUGGGCAUUAGAUUCCAUCGAAUCUGUCCUCCCGAUAUUUUACCCAAUAUAUCCAGUGCCAUUGGAUUUGGGGAAUUACUUAGCCGAUUAUCAACUAUCUGUGGGUCCUCAGUACCUGAAAGUUUUCCCUGGUCAAGAAGAAUAUUUAAUUUUUGUCUUAACUGUUAUGCAAAAGUGCAUUGAUUUUUUACAAGGUGAAGAUAAAACUUCUCUUACUGUUUGGUGGUUGAGAUUUCAGAGAUUAUUGAUUAUUUUGAAUGAAAGAAUGAAGAUGCCAAACAAUUUGAAAAAAAGCAUAAAAACAAACAUAAAAAACUUGUUGAAGAAACCAGAAAAUCGAAGUAAUAUAUUAUUCUACGUCGAAUAUGCGCUUUUUGAAAAAGAACUGAGUAAUCCCGAAAGUUGUGUUAAAAUCUUGGAGACAGCCCUGUCUUUCGUUAAAGAAUUGAAAUUUGACCCUUCUAAAAUCACCACUGAACAAGAACACGUUUGCUAUUUAAUAAGAACCAUUGUAGAAGAAACGAUUCAUUCUGAAAAAAAUGAGAAGGCUAUUAAAUACUUGAUUAACUUUGUUCAAGGUAAACAAAUUCAAUCGCAAUGUGAAAUCGACGAAGAAACGCUUAAUCAAGCGAUUCUCAAAUACAAACAUGUCUCAUUACAGUUGAUAUCGAAGCUUGAGUCUUCCAAACUAUAUCCCGUUAAGCAUCUGCUACCAAUUUUCUUAUGUGAUUGGAUCAUUUGCAACGGUUGGCUCGUUUACUUAACAAAAGGACCUUUAGAAUGUGCGGUUCUGUUGGAAGACUUGCUGGAGAAAUUGAGCGAACAAACCAGUGAGAAUUCACUACAAAGAGAAAUUAUUUUCGAAUUUUAUGUGGCAACGAUGUUCAAAUUUUGCUCGAGCAAUCCUGGGUACGGUUUGUUCAAAGCUCUGGAUGAUGUCAUGAGUAGGGCCUUGAAAUUAUUUCCCAAUAACCUAUUUUUGUUAGCGGUACUAGCCAAAGAGCAAUUCUUGUUCAAUUCGCUAGGUCUCAAAUUGUGGAAAACCAAAGAAAUGGUUUUAAAAACUGGACAUGCUUUGCCAGUGUUACUUAUGAUUUCAAUGACGCAACAGACAAUUUCAAACCUGCAAGAACAACUGAGAGAUACGAUAACAGGUGAAAAUAUACCAAUAGAUAACACAUUUUUCAGGAAUACUGUUGUUUCUCUUUUCAAAGCUGCUACAAAAGCAAAUAUAUGCACCAGGAGAUGUGGAUUUAUAUGGCGCUUGUAUCUUCAAUUUGUUCACAAAUAUUUCGAUCCACAGCUUUGUAGACAAGUUUACUAUUGCGCAGUUGAAGAAUGUCCAUGGUUAAAGGCACUGUAUAUUGAUGCAGCCAUUUAUAUACCCGCUGAAUUGGGACAGAUUCAAGAUUUAAUCAUUGAAAAACAGUUGAGGCUGCAUAUAACACCUGAGGAACUUGAUGUUCUACGUGAUUAAAGUGAUAAAUGUGAUUAUUUGUAUAUUUAUUUAUAAUGUGUAUAAUAAAAGUAUUCAGUUGAA